GAUUAUAGCGUCUGCAAUUUAUUUUUUAUUUUGAACAAUGAUAACGGGAUAAUGUUAGACGAUGAUAAAUGGAUAAUAUUAAACUAUGCAUCUGCAAAAUUGAUGGAAGACCAAAUCUCACAGUUACAAAGUUAUUGACUUUAUCAAACUAACUAACUUAAUUCUAGGAUAAUAUAUUUUUUUUUUUUAAAUUAACCUGUCCUAGGUUUUUGUCUCUCUUCUUUUUAUAUAUUAAAAAGUUACAUAUACAGUUAAAUUUUACAGAGGGCUUUUUGAAAUUUGGUGAUCUUAAAGAAAAAUAUCUUAGAGAAAAACAACAAUGACAACAGAUGGUAAUGGUAACUUUAACUCCAAAACCACAUUUUAUGUGGUCGCAUGUUGGAUCUUUGUCGCGUUUGGUGGACUCAUGUUUGGUUAUGAUAUUGGUAUUUCAGGUGGAGUUUCUGGCAUGGAUGAUUUCUUGAUAUUAUUUUUUCCAAAAGUGCAUGAAAGAAAGAAAACUGCCAAAGAGAAUAACUACUGCAAAUAUGAUGAUCAACUUCUCCAACUCUUCACUUCAUCUUUGUAUUUGUCAGCUCUUGUUUCGAGUUUUUUCGCUUCAAAAGCCUGUACCAAAUUGGGUAGAAAGAUUACCAUGAUGAUGGCUUCACUUGUUUUCAUUGCUGGAGCUGUCUCAAGUGCUAUCGCGAAUAACCUAAUUGUGCUCAUUUUAGGUAGAAUUUUGUUUGGCGUUGGUGUUGGCUUCGGAAAUGAGACUGUUCCACUAUUUUUAACUGAAGUAGCACCAAUUCAACACAGAGGAGCUGUGAAUAUUCUCUUUCAACUCUUUGUGACAAUAGGAAUAUUUAUAGCAAAUCUUGUCAACUUUGCAACCUCUAAGAUUCAUCCAAAUGGUUGGAGGAUGUCACUUGGCUUUGCAGCUUUUCCUGCUGGGGUUCUUUUUCUUGGCACCUUUGUGAUCACUGACACCCCAGCGAGUCUACUCUCCCGUGGCAAAGAGGAGAAGGCCAAGUCCGUGCUCAAAAAGGUUAGGGGUGUCAGUGAUGUUGAUGCUGAGUUCCAGGAAAUAGUAGCAGCGAAUGAACAAUCGAAGCAAGUUAAGCAUUCGGUCAAGAGCGUAUUUAAGCCUCCUAGCAUUCCGCCACUUGUGAUUUCCGUCCUGUUGCAGGUCUUCCAGCAAUUCACCGGAAUCAAUGCCAUUAUGUUUUACGCGCCUGUCUUGUUUCAGACUAUGGGUUUCAAGGCCAGUAGCUCGCUUUUGUCCGCUGUCGUGACUGGAAUUAUUAAUGUUGUCAGUACAUGUGUUUCAAUCUAUGUUGUUGACAAGGUUGGAAGGAAAAAAUUACUCAUCCAAGCUUGUAUCCAAAUGUUAAUCUCUCAGGUGGCAAUUGGAAUUAUUUUGGCAAAAAGUUUGGGGGAGACAGGAACCUUGAACAAGACUUUAGCAAUAGUAGUGGUGCUUCUCGUUUGUACGUUUGUAAUGGCGUUCGCGUGGUCGUGGGGACCACUUGGUUGGUUAAUUCCAAGUGAGACUUUCCCAAUAGAAACAAGGACACUUGGUUUUGCGUUCGCGGUUAGCACAAACAUGCUCUUCACUGCUUUGAUUGCACAGGCUUUCUUGACUAUGCUCUGCACUAUGCGAGCCUACACAUUCUUCUUCUUCUCCGCCUGGAUAUUUGUCAUGGGACUUUUCGCCAUCUUCUUCUUGCCUGAAACGAAGGGAAUCCCGAUUGAGGCUAUGGUGGAAAGAGCCUGGAAAAAGCAUCCUGUUUGGAAGAAACUCUUCUAGAAUGCAUGGUUUUUACUACAUGGAUUAUUAGGACAUCAGUUUUUGUGAACAAAAUUUUUGUUAGCUUUAUAUCUUUUCCGCCCUCCCUAUUUCCUAUCCUUUUAUCAAAUUUUGUCUCCAUUUUUGUCCGGAAUAGAAUAAUAUAUCAAAAAUCUAGAAAAGUUAAUUGCCA